AUGGAGAGUGACGGCACCGCCGCGGCCUGCGGCUGGAAUGAUCGUGGUCAGUGCGACCUCCUGGCUUUGGCCAGUGGCCUGACCUACACAGGUCGCCGCUGGAGAGGGUCAUACGGUGCCCCCAGGAGCGACGGCACAGCCGCGGCCUGUGGCUUGAAUGUUUUAGGGCAGUGCAACCUCCCAGCGCUGCCCGCGGGCCUGACCUACACGCAGGUCGCCGCUGGAGGGGGCCACGCGGUGUUGUUCAGGAGCGACGGCACCGCCGCGGCCUGCGGCCUCAAUGGUCAAGGUCAGUGCGGCCUCCCAGCGCUGCCUGCGGGCCUGACCUACACGCAGGUCGCCGUUGGAGGGGGCCGCGCGGUGGUGUUCAGGAGCGACGGCACCGCCGCGGUGGUGCUCAGGAGCGACGGCACCGCCGCGGCCUGCGGCCUCAAUGGUCAAGCCUUGCUCCUGCAGGCGUCGCUCGAUGGCGGCUCAAUGGUUUUCGUGACCUUUGGCGGGUCGGCGCCCACCGCCCGCCCCUCAGACAUCUGCCUCCAGCUCGUGGCCGAGCACCGCGCGAGCAGGAGACGGUCGCCGGCUCGUUUCCUGACGCAGCCUAGCCGCUUCGCCGAAGCGAAGGCGUCCGCGGGCGCCCUGCACCGGGCGGAGUCGGCCCUGCGGGAGGCGCAGGCGCAGAGCGCCGCGGCGCAGGAUGCGCAGGCGGCUGCCGAGGCCGCCGCGGCCGAGUCGGCCAAGGAGGCCGCCGAGGCUCGCGCGGUCGCCGAGCGCCAGCGGCAAGAGGGCGAGCAGCAGCUGGUGGAGCUGCAGAGGCAGCACGACGAGCAGGUCCGGGGCAUGAAGGCGCUGCGCCAGCGCGCGGAGGAGCUCGAGGACCAGCUGGAGGCCGAGCGCGCCGCGCGGGCGGCGGGCUCCGACGGCCUCGCGGAGGCGCAGCGGCGGUGCGACGAGCUCCAGCGGCGGCUCGGCGCGGAGCAGCAGGGCGCCCACCAGCUGGCGGAGGAGCGCGCGCGCCUCGGCGGGCAGCUGCAGGAGACCAUGCGCCACCUGCAGGCCCUCAACGAGGAGCUGGAGCAGGAGCGCAGGCAGCGCGCCGCAGAGGUGGAGGUGCUCCAGCAGGACCGCAGAGAGCGGCAGGCGCAGUGCGAGGGCCUCGAGGGGCAGCAGAGGGCCGCGCGGCAGGCGGUCGAGCAGCUGCAGGCCGAGCUGGAGCGAGCGCGCGAGGCGCUGGGCAAGGAAAAGAAGAACGGGGCCGAACUGCAGCAGAUGCUCGACGCGAUACAAGCGGCCCACCAGGACAUCUUCACAAGGUACUCGGCUGCAGUAGAGCAGAUCGAGUCCCUCAAGGAAGAAAAGGGCAAGGCGUCUGCGGAGCUCCACGAGCUGAAGGAGCGGUUCCGGGAGGAGCGCCGGGACAAGGAGCAGGCGCAGCGGGAGCACGAGGAGGCCGAGCGGGAGGCGGCCGCGCGGGGGCCGCAGCAGCUGUCCGUGAGCGACGUGCUGAUAUCGGUGGUCUUCGACGGCGCCGAGGAGCAGCCCCUGGUGAUCAGGCCCUGGGACACGAACAUGGAGGAUGUUGUCGCGAACUGGCUUGCCCACGCGAAGCGCAGCAGCAUCCUGCAGCCCAGCCUGGUGCAGUACUUGAAGCACCUCGAGGACACGACGCCGGCGUUCCCUGUGCGCGUGGAGGCGAAGCUCACGGACGUGCAUCAGGAGUUUGCGAUGUGA